UGGUGGCCCCUGCCCUCUGACCUGUGCCCUAUCUGGAUCUACCUGGAUGUGCUGUUCUCCACAGCCUCCAUCAUGCACUUGUGUGCCAUCUCUCUGGACCGCUACAUCGCCAUCAGGAACCCCCUCCACCACAGCCGCUUCAACUCCCAAACCAAGGCCCGCCUCAAGAUCAUGGCUGUCUGGACCAUCUCUGUGGGUAUCUCCAUGCCCAUCCCCGUCCUAGGCCUGCGGGACCACACCAAGGUGUUUAAAGAUGGCAGCUGCCUGCUGACAGAUGACAGUUUUGUCCUGGUGGGCUCCUUCGUGGCCUUCUUCAUCCCCCUCACCAUCAUGGUGGUCACCUACUUCCUCACCAUCAGCGCCCUGCAGAACGAGGCUACCCUCUGUCUGGACCAGCUGGUGCCCCGGCCCAAGAGGAUCGCCACCCUGACCCUGGGCUUCCUCCCGCAGGGCUCACUCUCCUCAGAGAAGCUCUUCUUCAGGCGUUCGCUCAGCCGUGACACGGGAGGGGUAGGAGGAGGGGUCGGCGGGGCCGGGGUGGACCCGCGGUACGGGCGUCGCACCAUGCAGUCAAUCAGCAACGAGCAGAAGGCCUCCAAGGUCCUGGGCAUGGUCUUCUUCCUGUUCGUGGUCAUGUGGUGUCCCUUCUUCAUCACCAAUGUUCUGGCGGUGGUGUGCGACCCUGUGAACUGUGAUCCGGGGGUGAUGGGGGGGCUGCUGAAUGUGUUUGUGUGGGUGGGAUACCUCUCCUCAGCCGUCAACCCUCUGGUGUACACUCUGUUCAACAAGACGUACCGUGCAGCCUUCUCCCGCUACAUACGCUGCCAGUACAGCCCGGAGAGGAAGCCUCUGCAGCUCAUACUGGUUAACACCAUCCCUCCGCUGGCCUACAACUCCACCCACCUGCCCCUGGAGGAAAUGGGGUCCCUCAGGAAUGGGGUCCACAGCAGUGGAGGACCCAGGGACUCCCUACGAAAUCUUGUGAAGACCAAAUCAAACUCAGACAAAGACAAGGCAACCAGGGACAAAGAUGAGAGCAUCAGCUGUGUGUGAGGCUGUGAUCCUGUAAGGUCUCAAUCUCCCAUAAUCCUAGUGGAAUGUGCUGGUUUUUAUUAGAUUUCCCAUCUUGAUCUCGUUUUGGGAGGAAAACACUGGGAACAGGUGUUCCUAUGCUGGAGCAUGCCCAGUAGCUCCAUGGUGAGACUCAUGCUGCCAGGAAACAGGGAAAUAGGAAACAGGAAGUACCGAGAGAGGAGGGACAAUACCUGCCUCACAAACACUUAAACUAGUAACACCAGAAUAGAACAACUGAGCUAAUGCUAUAUUAUCAGCAACAGCCAGGGGGCACGAGGAGAUGA